AAUAUUCUAAAAAUAGCGGUUCUGUUUAUCAACAAAAGUAAACCAGCUUUCGGUUUGAGGAUAGCGAAUUUUUAUACUCAAAACAAACGGAAAGAGCAUUGUCUUCAGAAGAAAUUAUGAGUACACAGGCCCAGAAGUCCUUUAAGGAAAGGAAAAGCUUUUCAUCACGAAGAAGGGAUUCCGAGACCAUCACAAAGCAAUAUCCAGAUAAAAUCCCGGUAAUCGUCGAGAGAUUAAAGACUGAGAAAAAUCUACCGAUCUUGGACAAGAUAAAGUACCUUGUCCCUGGGGAUUUGACUAUGAGCAGCUUGGCAAGUAUAAUCAGAAAAAGACUUCAGCUAGGCCCUACUCAAGCAUUCUUCCUUCUUGUCAAUGAAAAGAACAUGGUCAGUAUCUCAACAACAGUAGGAGAAGUGUACCGAGAUGAGAGAGAUGAAGAUGGUUUCUUGUACAUGGUGUUUGCUUCACAGGAGUCGUUUGGUUAAAUCACACAACAUAUUAGCUGUAAAACUGUAAAUAAAUAAUUUAAAUUAAUUGAUAUUGCCUUUAUAAUUUCAGAAUCCAGAAUAAAAUAGGUAAAAUCCUAUUCUAUCUGUAAAAAUGUUCCCCUACCCAAAGUGCUAUCACAUGAUACAGCUAUAAAAUACCCUAACAAUACUUUUUUAUAUUACCAAGUGAAAUGUGUAUGGAAGAGGUUUUAAGAAAAAAUGAAGGCGCCUAAUACCUUAAUUUAUCAGCUAUAUAGUCUCACAUUUAGCCAAAUUUGUUGUUGCGCGACCUCACAGAAUCCCAAAUUCCUUUCUUUGUUUGGGAAUAGUGCAUAGUCAAUCAAAAUAAACAAUCAAAACCAGACAAACCUCCCCCAAAGCUUGUGUCUGACUACAUGCUAUUCCCAAAUGAGAAAAGGAUUUCUGAUUCAUAGAGGUCGUGCAUCGACAAAUUUUGCUGUAAAGCAUUUUUAAAUCCCUGUCCUCUGUUUUAACUUUGUCAGUAUGACAUGGGCUUCUAAUCUGGUAAAGUUGUAACUUCUCUCACUACAAAAUUCAAUUGCUUUAGCAUAAUGUAAGGUGUGAGUUUUUUUUUGUUUUGCCAUAGCACAAGGCAUUAUUUUGUAGUUUUAAUGUACACAAUUUUAUUUCUGUAUAUAUUGAUGGAGUGGUAAUUUACAUUUAUAAUAAAAAGUAUGUUAUGAAAAUUAA